AUGCCCGAUACUUUCGACCCUCCCAUCAUCGCCGUCAUAGGCUCACUCAAUGUCGACAUUGCAGUAUAUACACGUCGAAUUCCGGAUGCUGGCGAGACAUUCAGAGCAUCAUCGUCUGCUAUCAGCAUGGGGGGAAAGGGAGCAAACCAGGCCGUCGCAUGCGCAAAGUUGUCAAGAUCUCGCAACGGAGGUAGCACGCCUCUGGCUUCGGUACAAAUGAUAGGUGCUGUCGGUGAUGACGCUCACGGGGAGAUGAUUUUGACUGGUAUGCGAGCACACGGCGUCGACAUGUCCGGCGUCAAAGUCAGACAAGACCAAAGGACAGGAUCGGCUUUUGUCAUGGUGGAGCAAGCGACAGCAGAGAAUCGAAUUUUGUUCUGCGCUGAAGCAAAUGACACGCUCUCUCCAUCGGAGCUCGUCAGUCUUCCUACACCACGACCUGACCUCAUCAUCAUGCAGCUGGAAGUACCCUUGAACACUGUUCUGCAAGUCAUGGAGACCGCGAAGACGCAUAACGUGCCGAUUCUUCUGAAUCCUGCGCCAGCACAAAAGAUACCUACCAAGUACUACGACGGCCUCGCACAUCUUGUGAUGAACGAGACGGAAGCUUCGUUCCUGGCGAGUUGUCUGGAGAGCGACCUCGCGACCUUGUCUGGCUUGUCAACAAUUGCUCGCAAGUUCCAAAGCUACGGAGUCCAGCAUGUCAUCAUCACUCUCGGAGGAAGAGGAGUGUUCUAUCUUGACUCAAUAUCUGGCGAGGAGGGAUUGAUUCAGGCAGGGCAGGUGGACGUAGUUGACACGACGGCAGCUGGAGACACGUUUAUCGGCGCGUACGCAAUGGAAAUUGUGAAAGGAGACUUCAAAAUAGCGAGCGCAGUCCAGAAGGCCAACAGCGCUGCAGCAGUGACGGUCCAGCGAAGAGGCGCUCAACAGAGUAUUCCUUGGAUGGAUGAGUUGUAA